CCUCAUUCUACUUUGGUCCAUUACUUUAUUGUGGUUAUGAAUCUAUUGCUACAGCCUUCAAUUAUCAAUGGUAUAACCUUCGGUCUUGCAGUUGUAGUAGCCCCGCAUCGAAAAUUUCAUGAUCAAGGACACAUGUCUCCCAGAUGCAACACAUGAUACAGGGAAGCAUCAGGGCCAUGUUGGUCUCAUGCCUGGCACACAUCAUCAUCAUCAUCAUCAUCAUCGAUCUCAUUUCUGCUUCCCACUCCAUGACUGGAAGAGCUGUCCCAGCAGAGAGACAUCCCUUGAUCAAGUCUACCAACAUUUAUCGUCUUAAUUUGAUAGGUUGGAAAAGGUCGGCAGCCGAGACCGAGAGGGGAUCUGCUUCCAGGAAACGGGACAAGACGACAAGCCGUGUCAAACCAAAGUGAUGAUUCCGCGCUGCUUCGCCACCUCUCUCCCCUUUGUCGACUGUCGCAUGGCAUCUUUUGAACCGUUCCAUUCUUUCCACCCGCAAUUCCUCCGACCCACCGUGGAGAAAAAGAAAAGAUGGCUGCCAACAGCAGAGAAUGAAGCAGCCCACCGUCUCGACCUGGGAAUCCGAGACACGAUAACUCCGACUCCACGAAAACCAAAAAGGAUAAUGACAUGAGAAGAAGAAGAUACCUCUUCCUCCUCCUCCUCCUCCUCCUCUCCUCUGCCGUCAAACGAGACGCACACCCCCACUCCCUUCUUCUCCCUUUCUCAUUCGAUCACACGCAACAGGUUCCCCAUGAAACUCCCUCCCAACUUCUCCUAAAGCUUCACCUUUUUCCCUCGAGAUACGAUGGAAGAGGAAGGCCAAGGCAUCGGAGAGGAGCUCCUCAGCUUGGGCCUCGGCGUCGGCAGCACUCGGCGCUCUAAUGCCGCCGUCGGGAAGAGGAAGGCGAAAGACGCGGAGGAGAGGAAGCUGUUGGGUUUGCUCCAGGCCAGAGAAGACAUGCUGAGAGUAGACGCCAGGAGAAGCGGGCCGGAGGACAGGAGGGACCAGCGCUUGGUCCACCUGCUUCUCGCUGCCGCCGCCGCCGUCGACGCCGGUCGCGCCAGCGCCGCGAUGGACGCCCUGGUCGAGCUGUACCGGCACGCUUCCCUGCACGGCGACCCGAUGCAGCGAGUCAUGGCCUACUUCGCCGACGGCCUGGCCGCCCGGAACCUGCCGGAAGCCUCCCCGCUCUACCAGUCCGUCAUGGCGCCUCCGACUGCCGAAGAGGAAUUCGCGGCCUUCACCGACCUCUACCGGGCUUCCCCUUACUUCCAGUUCGCUCAUUUCACCGCCAACCAGACCAUAAUGGAGGCCUUCGAGGCGGAGCAGCAGCACAACGGCGGAAGACUCCACGUGAUAGACUUCGACGUGUCCUACGGCUUCCAGUGGCCCUCCCUGAUCCAAUCCCUCUGCGAUAAGGCCACGACGAGCAGCCCGAUCUCCCUGCGCUUGACAGGGUUCGGCGGGAGCACCGAGGAGCUGGAGGAAACCGAGACGAGGCUCGUCGGUUUCUGCAAGGGCUGCAGCAAUCUGGAGUUCGUGUUCCAAGGGCUUCUGAGAGGCUCGACCGCUAAUGAUCUCAAGAUCGACAAGGACGCCACUCUCGCCGUGAACUUGGUCUUCUACCUGCAGACCCUGAAGACCUCGUCGGAGAUGCUUGCGACCUUGAUGUCGAUCCGCUCGCUGAAUCCACGAGCCGUGGUGGUCUUGGUGGAGAAGGAAGACAGCCGAGGCCCUGCAAGCUUCUUGGCGAGGAUGGUGGACUCUCUGAACUACUUCGCGGCCAUGUUCCACUCGCUGCACGACUGCCUCCCCGCGGAGAGCACGGAGAGGCUGAGCAUCGAGAAGAACCAUCUGGGGAGAGAGAUCAAGGCCGCCAUGGGGAAGAGCUCGCACCAGGAGAAGGUGGGGGGUCCUACGUGGAAGGGGAGGAUGGAGACCGUUGGGUAUCGAGGAAUGAAGCUGAGUUCGAGGUCGGUGAGCCAGGCGAAGCUUCUGCUGAAGAUUAGGAGCCAUUUCUCGAGCAUCGAGCAUGUCAGCAACAGCGGGUUUGGGAUCGCGGAGGGAGACGACGGGACGACGAUAUCUUUGUGCUGGCAAGACCGGAAUCUAAUCACCGUCUCUGCAUGGCGAUGCUCGACGUGACGAAGUCGGCGCGGCAGCCAAAGCUCCUUCGGCCACGCGAGAGUUGGUGUUCUUGAUGGCAUCCGUACUUUUGUAUGCAAAUGUCACUGCAUUCUUUGGUUGUUUUCUUAUGAAUCUCGAUACAUUCACAUCCAGCUUUUCUUUCUCAUAUCAAUACACCCAUACUAAUAAAAUUGAAGUCUUAAAAAGAUAUUCUAUUCCA